UUGUAGGAUUCUAGUGAAGACUAGAUCACAGUUUGGUGUGGGAGCAGUGAUGAGCCCUUUCAAAAGGUUAGGUAUGACUUAAGAGUUCAUAUUUUUUAAAGAUUUAUUUAUUUUACGUGUGUGAGUACACUGUAUCUGUCUUCAGACACACCAGAGGAGGGCUUCGGAUCCCAUUACAGAUGGUUAUGAGCCACCAUGUGGGUGCUGGGAAUUGAACUCAGAACCUCUAGAAGAGCGGUCAGUGCUCUUAACCACUGAGCCAUCUCUCCAGCCCUGAGAUCCAAGUUCUUAACUUGGCUUUUGGUAGGGACUGGUCACAACCACCAAGAAUCUGUGGAUCUGGGGAGAGUCUGCAGCCACUGUUGUAGUCUCAGAAAAGAUCGCAAACUCCUCCUGCUCUGGUGCCCACACCAUGUCACGGUGUGCAGCAGGGGAAACAGGCUCAGCAGAAGGGAGCACACAGAUGUCUUCCUGCUCUGCUGUUCUUAGCUCUGACCUUCUGGUUGGUGGAGGGGAGUGUGCCCUCUUAUUCCAAGUCUGACACCUGGGGAGGGCUGGGUGCUGGUGUGGAUCACACAUUGGUUAUAUGCUGUUUCUCAAAACCACAGGGGAAUGCUUGUCAGCCUGGAGUGGGAAAGCAGGAGGGGAUGACAUUUCCGUUUUCCCUGGAAGGAAGGCAGAACAGAGACAUUCAAGGCAUAGAUUGACCUCUCCUGGGAACACAUGGCAAGAUGUCCUUCUUUCAAGUGUAUUCUUUCCCCUUCUGUUCUUUAGCAUGAGGCCUCUGACUAGAGAGUGUGCAUGCAUUCCAUGUUUCUCAGUAGGGCUCCUACCGGGGUGGGGGAAGACAAGGCUCCUGUGGCUGACCUGGCUGAAGAAUGGUGUGGAAUGCAGAGCGGGGCUCUAAGGAGUUUAUGAGUGGACUCCACAAGUGGACUGGAACGGUCAUUCUAGUUCCAUGACUGCUCAGCUGUGUGACCUUUAAGCCAGUCACUUGCCCUCUUUUUCGGUCUGUACUUUCUUUCUGUAAAGUACACACCCAGUGACCCCAACUAGUGUGGUGGGCACAGCAGGUCUGAGGAGUUCCCUCUGGGUUAGUAGCUGUCAGUUGGGGUGGGGGGUUGAGAGAGUGUUAUGCUUGUAAAGAAAUGUUCUUUUCCUUUAAGACCAGCUCUUUUCCUGUGAUCAGGACCUAGGGAAAAUAAUUGGGAUGGAUUUAAUGGUUUUAGACAUACUGGAGUGAGCAGAGAGCCCUGUUUUGGGGAAGGUGUCUCUGGAGCAUAGCUUGUCCUGCCUUGGCUUGUUAUCCACAGAGCCCAUCCCCCACCCGCUGUUUGUUUGCUUGGUAAACCUUUUCUCAGAGCUGGUACGGAGAUAAAUUUUCAACUUAGGCCCUGCUGGGAGUAAGGCAUUAGCCACCCACAGCCUUGGGCCUGCCUUUGCCUGCCAGGAGGAGACCCAGAACAAAUUCCCAAGCUGAGACACAGGCUCCCUAGCCUUUACCCUGUGGGCCCAACGUGAAGAGCGUGAAGAGCGCGGCAUGCAGCACCCCCUGGCUGGCCCGGUGUCUUUUGACCUGCUGUUGACUGCUCCCAGGAGGCCCUGACGCCCUGGGGCACUUUUGCUCUGCACAGGACCACGUUGGGGUUUGCCAUGGUGACAUAAAGGGGUGUAGAGGAAGGAAGGAGCAAGACCAGCCUGUAGACUGUGCCCCUGGCUGGGCGAAAGGGCCAGGGGCCCGGAGCCUUCUCUCCACUGCCCUCUGAACGUCUCACUUCCUAAGUCUCUGCAUUUCUCAGUCAGUGGACAACUUUUGGAACUCCUGUGUGAGGACUUCGGGGGACCAGGCCAGGCUGGGCCUCUGCUGGUUGAGAUCUCGGGGGCCAGAAUGCCUGCCCUGGCGUGCCUCCGGAGGCUGUGUCGGCACCUGUCCCCACAGGCUGUCCUGUUCCUGCUGUUUGUCUUCUGCCUGUUCAGCGUGUUUGUCUCGGCCUACUACCUAUAUGGUUGGAACCGGGGCCUCGAGCCCUCGGCAGAUGCUUCUGAGUCCGACUGCGGGGACCCACCACCUGUCGCCCCUAGCCGUCUCCUGCCAAUCAAGCCUGUGCAGGCGGUCGCCCCUUCUCGAACAGACCCGCUGGUGCUGGUAUUUGUGGAGAGCCUCUAUUCACAGCUGGGCCAGGAGGUGGUGGCCAUCCUGGAAUCCAGUCGCUUCAAGUACCGAACAGAAAUUGCACCGGGGAAGGGGGACAUGCCCACACUCACAGACAAGGGCCGAGGCCGCUUCGCCCUCAUCAUCUAUGAGAACAUCCUCAAGUAUGUCAACCUGGAUGCCUGGAACCGGGAGCUGCUGGACAAGUACUGUGUGGCCUACGGCGUGGGCAUCAUUGGCUUCUUCAAGGCCAAUGAGAACAGCCUGCUGAGUGCACAGCUCAAAGGCUUCCCUCUUUUCCUGCAUUCGAACCUGGGCUUGAAAGACUGCAGCAUCAACCCCAAGUCCCCACUGCUGUACGUGACACGGCCCAGUGAGGUAGAGAAAGGUGUGCUGCCCGGAGAGGACUGGACGGUGUUCCAGUCUAACCACUCUACCUAUGAGCCAGUGCUGCUGGCCAAGACGCGCUCCUCUGAGUCCAUCCCACACCUGGGCGCAGAUGCCGGCCUGCAUGCUGCCCUGCACGCUACUGUGGUCCAGGACCUGGGCCUCCAUGACGGCAUUCAGCGUGUGCUGUUUGGCAACAACCUCAACUUUUGGCUGCAUAAGCUCGUCUUCGUGGACGCUGUGGCCUUCCUCACAGGGAAGCGCCUCUCACUGCCUUUGGACCGAUACAUCCUGGUGGACAUUGAUGACAUUUUUGUAGGCAAGGAGGGCACACGCAUGAAGGUGGAGGAUGUGAAGGCCCUGUUUGAUACACAGAAUGAACUUCGUACACAUAUCCCAAACUUCACCUUCAACCUGGGCUACUCAGGGAAAUUCUUCCACACAGGUACCGAUGCUGAGGAUGCUGGGGACGACCUGCUGCUGUCCUAUGUGAAAGAGUUCUGGUGGUUCCCCCACAUGUGGAGCCAUAUGCAACCCCACCUCUUCCACAACCAGUCUGUGCUGGCUGAGCAGAUGGCCCUGAACAAGAAGUUCGCUGUCGAGCACGGCAUUCCCACAGAUAUGGGGUAUGCAGUGGCACCCCACCACUCUGGUGUGUACCCUGUGCAUGUGCAGCUGUAUGAGGCCUGGAAGCAAGUGUGGAACAUCCGUGUGACCAGCACAGAGGAGUACCCGCAUCUGAAGCCUGCCCGUUACCGCCGUGGCUUCAUCCACAAUGGCAUCAUGGUCCUCCCUCGGCAGACCUGUGGUCUCUUUACACACACCAUCUUCUACAACGAGUACCCUGGAGGCUCCAGUGAGCUGGACAAGAUCAUCAAUGGGGGCGAGCUCUUUCUUACUGUGCUCCUCAAUCCUAUCAGCGUCUUCAUGACACACUUAUCCAACUAUGGAAAUGACCGCCUGGGACUGUACACCUUCAAGCACCUGGUGCGCUUCCUGCACUCCUGGACCAACCUGAGGCUGCAGACGCUGCCCCCUGUGCAGCUGGCCCAGAAGUACUUCCAGAUCUUUUCUGAGGAGAAGGACCCACUUUGGCAGGAUCCCUGUGAGGACAAACGCCACAAAGACAUCUGGUCUAAGGAGAAGACAUGUGAUCGCUUCCCAAAGCUGCUCAUCAUUGGCCCCCAGAAAACAGGCACCACAGCCCUCUACCUGUUCCUGGGCAUGCACCCCGACCUCAGCAGCAACUACCCCAGCUCCGAGACCUUUGAGGAGAUCCAGUUUUUUAAUGGCCACAACUAUCACAAAGGCAUCGACUGGUACAUGGAAUUCUUCCCUAUUCCCUCCAACACCACCUCUGACUUCUACUUUGAAAAAAGUGCCAACUACUUUGAUUCAGAAGUGGCACCACGGCGAGCAGCUGCCCUAUUGCCCAAGGCCAAGGUUCUCACCAUCCUCAUCAAUCCAGCCGACCGGGCUUACUCCUGGUACCAGCACCAGCGGGCCCAUGAUGACCCGGUGGCCCUAAAGUACACCUUCCAUGAGGUGAUCACAGCUGGCCCUGACGCAUCCUCAAAGCUGCGUGCCCUCCAGAACCGAUGCCUGGUCCCCGGCUGGUAUGCCACUCAUAUUGAACGCUGGCUCAGCGCCUUUCAUGCCAACCAGAUCCUGGUCUUGGAUGGCAAACUGCUGCGAACAGAACCUGCCAAAGUGAUGGACACAGUGCAGAAAUUCCUCGGGGUGACCAGCACGGUUGACUACCAUAAAACCUUGGCGUUUGACCCAAAGAAAGGAUUUUGGUGCCAGCUGCUCGAAGGAGGAAAAACCAAGUGUCUGGGAAAAAGCAAGGGACGGAAAUAUCCAGAGAUGGACCUGGAUUCCCGAGCCUUCCUAAAGGAUUACUACCGGGACCACAACAUUGAGCUCUCUAAGCUGCUGUAUAAGAUGGGCCAGACACUGCCCACCUGGCUGCGGGAAGACCUCCAGAACACCAGGUAGCCUUGGCCACCACAGCCAGCCAGAACGCUUGUGUUAGCAGGGAUGUCCUGCCUCACACUGAGCCAGACUGACCUGCCUCGAAGGAUGCUGGCCCCAGCCAGCCAGGAGCAACGAGCAAUACCCUGCUAAGGCCCACCAGAGCCGGAAGCCCAGGCAGGUCUGCAAGCGCCUCAGAGCAUCCACUGCUGGAUGUGUGGCUGUGGGACCUCUGUGGGACCAGAGGUCCAUUCCGUUCCUUCGCAGCCUCCCUGCCUGGGGAGAGCACUUCCUGUUGGUGGAAGGUCAUUUCCUGGUAGGAGGAGUCCUGGAGACUCUCUCCUGUCCCUCACUGUGUUCGGCCAGUCCUGCCCUGUUCUGUGUCAUACCACCCCUGCUCCAGCAGGAUGUCCCCUCAGUAUUAGCUGUCAUAUUUCUCUGUCCUCCAGACAGUAAGGGAGAGGAGCGCAGCUGGGCCUCUCGCCCAACUAGAGAGAAAGACUGGGCAUGUCCCUGAGGGUUUGAGCCAGGCCCCGCCAGGGUUUAGGUAGGCACCCAGAUGCACUCAUAGAUUGAAUGUGAGGGUGGCCAUCUUGAGAGGACAUACGACUCAGUAUUUGGGUUAUUAGUAUCAAUCUCAUCUCCCCUUUGGGGGAAAGACUCUCUGGUCCCUAUUGUAUCCACCUAGUGCUCAUGGUCUCUUGUUGGCCCUGGGCCACUGCCCUGCCACUGGGCCCAGAGACAUGGGCCUUGGCCCUGUCCUGUUCACCUGGAUGUGACCUGUGGUGUUUCCUGUGGUAAAGGCUGAGGCGAGUCAGGAGUCUGCCAGUGUUCAUACUCCCAUGUACAUAUACUGUCUCCCAGCCACCGCCUCGGCCCGGCAGGCAAGCAGAGUCAGCAGCACUGCUCUCUACUGCUUUGCCUGGCAACCUGUGGCUGAGGGUCCCCAGAGACCCCCCCAACCUCCCAAAUACUAAGAAGCUAAAGUAUUUUAAUAUUUUGUGUUUUUUUUUCUUGGUGCCAGAGUUUAUACCCUGGGUGCUGGGGUCACACUGUGUUUUAUAUAUAUAUAUAUAUAUAUAUAUAUAAUGUGUAUAUAUAUAUAUUAUAUUUUUUUUUGGUUGGGUUUGUUUUUAAUUCAGUCAUACACAACGGUGGCAAGCCCUAGCCUCAAAGAAUGUCGUAUCUUAAUGCUAGAGAAUGAGGUGGAAGGGAAGGUGAGUGUCUGUGAGCGCCUAGGCCUCAGGGCGAUGGCUUAAGGGUCCCUCUGCCCUCUUCUGCGGAGGGAACAGAGAUGCACAGAUGGAAAGAAGACCAACUCUCCCAGAAUAGUCUGGCCUUACAAAGCUGAGUGGCCGUGGGGUGUUUGGGCCACAAGGAAAGGCUGGCCUGGGCUGGGGGCCCUGGGGCCCUGAGCUGGCCUCCCCCUCCCCCAUCACAUGGUGCUAGGUUAGGGGCUGCCUUGGAGUGGGGUGCCCACAGGGACCUACAGAACUGUCUCUAGUCCCUGCAGACACAGGGUCUUUGGCUGUUUUCUGUUUGGAUUCUGUUUCUGUCCACCUUUUCACAAUGUGAAGUGACUGAGGUUGGGUUUCCUCUUCUCCUGCAACCCUCACAUCCCUUCAACUGCCAGUCCAGUGUCCACCAGCCAUCCAGGACAUUCUGGCUUCCUGGGCAUGGAAGGGUCCCAAGACGAUGGGCACAAGGUGGGUCCAGGAAUGGGAGGUGGCUUUGGUCAAGGUCACAGAGCUGUUAGAAGCAGGCUCCUGAUUCUGAGCCCCAUGCUCUUCCAGUACCAUACUGCCUCUGAGCCCACCUUGAGGACCCCACUGUGUUCUAGGUUCCUGUCUGUCCCUCAGUCACAGAGCUGUGGUCAUUCCAGGACAUGGGGACAAACCAUUCUUUCCUAGCCAGGUGCCUUCGAGCCUUCCCUUCCAAGACCUGCACUUUUCCUGCUGUGUUCUCUUGUUUCCAGAGCCCAUCCAUCCUGGGAGCUGGGGUAGUCUUCAUUAUGAGCUAUUCUCUUCUGGAGUUCUCCACUGUGGUGGAGGGUGCGGAAUGCUCAGAGGGACCUGCAUGCAUGGUUUUGGUGUGCAGAGAGCCAUAUCACAUCGUGUUUCUCACUGGGGUCUUGGAACCUGUGGAUCUUAGUCCCUACACAGUCCCUCUGAGGCAUGCUCAAAUGCCCUGCCAGCAAGCUAGAACCAGACUCAGGGUUAGGUCAGAGCGCAUGCCCUUAGCCUCACCUCCCACCUGUCAGUGAGGAUGGCUCCUGUGUUCUGAAAGCUACUCUCUGUGUGAGACCAUGUGAGAGCUGAGUUAGGGUGGUUGGAGUGGCCUUGGUACAGCAUGCAGCCCUGUUAGUCUCUGCCUCUGGCCUCUGGUGGAAGCAAGCUGGUUUGAGACCCUGGCAGAGCAGGGAAGAGGUUCUCUCUGGUCCAUUUCCUUCUAAAACCCUGGAGGAGAUUGCUGCUGUGUCCCUUUCAGUGCUGGGCCCAGACACUGCCACACCUUGUAGAUAUGGGGUCUUGCUCUCAACUAGAAUGUCCACUGACUGACUAAAAACACUUAGACAAACAAAAACAAGUUUGAGGGAAAUCACUUGGGUUGAUCAGGCCACUCCCUCCUCCCUGUCCCUUCUGCAGUCUCUACCAACAGCCUUUGCCUUGUGGGUGCAGCUCACCUGCAGCUGCCUCAUUCAUUCCAGGUUCUAGAGCUUUCUAUGGGGCAGGCACCUUGGGGAACAUAGGGGAUGAGGACAAAGCUAAAAUGGACCUUUCAAACCCCUAUCGAUGUAUGAGCAGUGGGUGCUUCUGAGUCUGCUCAUUUCCAGAGGAGGAAAACUGCUGGCCUGUCUCACCCUAGAGCCCCAUAGGUGUGUUAGUGGCAAGAGCAAGCUCAGGACUGUCUCACCGUUGGUGUGUGACUGCCAGUCACCUUUCAGCUAGACUGAAGGAGCAUUGGCCAGUUUGUUUCCUCUCUGUCUACGCGUACCUGUGUUUUAAGUGUGAGGUGCAGUAUCAGGAGACUGCUUAUCCCUGGUGUUGCCCUAAGAGGUAGGGCCUUCUACCAGACCAGCCAGUGCCACAGCCAAGACAGUAGUCCCAUCCCACUAACAGCCACUGUCUAGUCUGUACCUAAAGUUGCCCCCAACCUCCCAUUAUACCUGGUUUUAGUAUUGGAUCCAGUCAGGGAAAGAACAUUGUAUUUUUUUUUUCUUUUUUUUUUCAGAGCUGGUGACCGAACCCAGGGCCUUGCGCUUGCUAGGCAAGCGCUCUACCACUGAGCUAAAUCCCCAACCCCAAGAACAUUGUAUUUUAUUUACAAGUUUCUUUGAAAGCUAAAGAGUUUUCCCUCUGCCCAUCAGAUUUAAAAAAAAAAAAAAACCUUUUGUUUUUUUGUUUUUUUUUUUGUUUUUUCUUUGUUUGAGACAAAGUCUCAUUAUAUAGCCCUGGCUAGCCUGGAAUUUGCUAUGUAGACCAGGCUAGCCCUGGAACUCAUAGAGAUCCACUUGACUCUCAAAAGCUGAGAUUAAAUGUCUGCACUUAUAAGGCCCAGUUCAAAAUGGUAUUUUGUUUGUGUUUUUGAGACAUGGUCUCAUCAUGUAAAUCUGCCUGUUCUGGAAAAUAUUGUGUGAACCAGGCUGGCUUGGAACUCAGAGAUCCACCUGCCUCUGCCUCCCGAGCUCUGGGGUGAAAUGUGUGUGCCACCUCUUCCAUCCCCAAAUGGUGUUCUUUUAAGGCCAGAGGGUGUGUUGUCAUAUAGAAAUCCCACAUUCCAGGUCUGAUGUUUCCUCCUUUAGCCCACCGGCUUUCAAGGGCAAUUUUAUAUUUUGUGCUGAUGUGGCAUUUCCCUCCUGCCUGUAGUGUGCCUCCUUCCACUGCCACCUGAAGGGAGGGCCGAACCAGCUUGGAGGAGGGGAAGGGGCUCCCCAAAGAAGCAGCAUCACAUUGGAUAGGGGCUGAGGGCUCUGGGUGGGAUGGCCUGCUGGACUGACCAUGGCAGGCCAGCCAGGCUGGGCACUGAGUUGUCAGAAUAAUUGUGCACAGCUUAGAGGAGCCGGGCUGCCCCAUGCUAAGCAUGGCAUCUGUCUUUCUCCAUCUCUUUCCCUUUCUGUCUUUGUUUUGGUUUCCCUGCUUCUGUUCUGUGGGGUCUUCAUUCUCUCGUUGGUCAGUGUGCACUGGAGCAGAGACAAGACCUCAAGCUAUGACAGGGAGGGCUUCGACAGAGAAAGGCCUCCUCUGGGCUGAGGUGUGAGAGGACUGGGUACAGUGGGUGGCCACGUCAGUCUUCCUCCAUAAAAUGAGGAGAUGAAGGCUUCAGCUGGGGUUUUCAUGUCCACGCAAGACUCGGCUGUGAUCUGAGGCUGAGAGUCUGCCCCACCCCUUUUCCCCAGGCCUCCCAUGCAGUGCUGGGGUUAGGGUUGUCUGUCUGUGGGCUCUGAGCAGCAGGGCAGUGACUGAGGGCCAGCGGGAAGGCCAGGGGAGACUCCCGGCAAUGUUUCACCUAAGAAGCUCCUCCCCUCAGCCUCUUUCCCUGGCCUGGAGGAGGAUCCCAGAGGAAAGGGUUUUCUAUGACUGAGCUAGCUUUUCUUAUGGGCAAGAGGGCUCUUUUUGUAAUUUGUGCAUGAAAUUCAUGUUAUUUCCUGGGGAGAGAAGAGGGCCAACUGAGUGGGUGGGGGGCACGUGUGGGAAGCAGGCAGAGGGCUCCUUCCCUGCAGGGGUGGGGAGGGGUCGCAGAGGGCAUGCUACCCAGCUCACCUGAAGAGGGCUCUUGAACCAGCCGUUUUGGGUUGUGUUAAAUGUGGGAACUUUCCUCCAUUAAUGUACAAUCUUGAACUAACUGCUAAUAAAAUGGGAUUCUGUUUGUA